AUGAGGUUCUACGGCUACCGGGCACUCGUCGUGCUCGCGACAGUGCUUGCCCACAUGACCGGCACGUUCGCCGGACACGACAAACGUCAAGCAGCCAGUGCCAGGAGCGUACCAGAUCAAGUAGCAGCAGCUCAGUCAUCAUCGGCCACCUUUUGGAAUCCCUCUACCAGUAUCUUCUCUCAGGACGAUAGCGCAACUUUCUUCCCUACGGCCCAUGGUCUGGUGCAGACUCACCCAAGCAGUAGUGUAUUCCGAAGUGGUUUUGGUGGAAUUGACAAUCUCGGUAGUCGAGGAGUGACGAUGAGGCCGCCGAGAACACGGCCUCUUGAUUAUACUGAACGUGCUACCGCCGAAUUGCGGCGAAAUCCGUCGCUCUCAUCGCCCGAGGAGUGUGCUCGCGCCUGUCGUGAGGGAGAACCUCCUAGAAUAUGUUAUUAUCACUUUACACUUGAACAUUAUACCGUACUUGGCGCAGCGUGUCAAGUAUGCACACCGAACGCUACCAACUCUAUAUGGAGCGAGUGUCAAUGUGUUCUGGCGGACGGAGUGGAACGAGGUAUCCUGACCGCGAACAGAAUGAUCCCCGGCCCGAGUAUUCAAGUUUGUCAGGGCGAUAAAGUCGUGGUUGACGUAGAAAAUAAUAUUCAAGGAUCGGAGGUCACGAUUCACUGGCACGGCGUGUGGCAGAGAGGAAGUCAGUAUUACGAUGGUGUACCUUAUGUAACGCAGUGUCCCAUUCAACAGGGUAAUACAUUCAGGUACCAAUGGGUAGCCGGAAAUGAGGGUACACAUUUCUGGCAUGCUCACACUGGCAUGCAAAAGAUAGAUGGUCUCUACGGAAGCAUAGUAAUUCGACAGCCACCGAGUAAGGAUCCCAAUAGCAAUUUGUACGAUUAUGACUUAACCACGCACGUGGUGCUCAUCAGUGACUGGUUCCAUGAGUUCGCUGAAGAACGUUUCCCCGGCCGUCUUGCAGUCAAUACCGGUCAAGCACCAGAAAGCGUGCUGAUCAACGGGAAAGGUCAAUUCAGGGAUCCUAAUACUGGUUUCAUGACAAAUACACCUCUCGAAGUGUUCACGAUAACUCCAGGCCGUCGUUAUCGAUUCCGAUUGAUUAAUUCUUAUGGAUCUGUAUGCCCCUCCCAAAUUACGGUCGAGGGUCAUACUCUUACUCUUAUCGCCACAGAUGGUGUAGCAGUACAGCCAGUACAAGUCAACACUAUAAUUUCAUUCUCAGGUGAACGUUACGAUUUCGUUAUAAAUGCCGAUCAGUCUAUCGGCGCUUAUUGGAUUCAGCUUCGUUCUCUUGGAGAAUGCGGAAUUCCGCGAGCGCAACAACUGGCUAUUCUACGAUAUGCUCGAGGUCCUUAUCAACCAUCUACUGCACCGCCUACAUAUGACUUUGGUCUUCCUCAAGGCGUUGUUCUAAAUCCUCUGGAUGCCAUUUGCAACCGACAACGCGACGAUGCAAUUUGCGUGAGCCAACUAAAGAAUGCUGCUCACAUCGAUAAGGGUCUUCUACAGCAACGCCCUGACGUGAAGAUCUUCCUACCUUUCCGCUUCCUGUUCUACAGACCAGAAGAGGUUUUCCAACCACAGACCUACAAUCGCUUCCUCGUUGCGCCGACCGGCGAUCACGUGAUUUCUCUCGUGGACGAGAUCUCGUUCACAUUCCCGCCGGCGCCUCCGCUCUCACAGAUCAAUGACAUCCCACCUGAACAAUUCUGUAAUGGUGAUAAUAGGCCAGCUGAUUGCGGCGCCAACUGUAUGUGUACGCAUAUGGUCGACAUUCCAUAUAACGCGGUAGUUGAAGUGGUUCUCGUAGAUGAAGUACAACAGCCCAACUUAUCGCAUCCCUUCCACUUGCACGGAUAUGCGUUCAAUGUGGUCGGUAUUGGCCGUUCUCCCGAUAGAAAUGUGAAGAAAAUUAAUUUGAAGCAUGCCCUCGAUCUCGAUAAGAGAGGUCUCUUGCACAGAGAAUUCAACCUGCCUCCUGGUAAGGACACCAUCGCAGUUCCCAACAACGGUUACGUCAUCUUCCGCUUCCGCGCGGACAAUCCGGGAUACUGGCUGUUCCAUUGUCACUUCUUGUUCCACAUAUUGAUCGGCAUGAAUCUGGUUCUACACGUGGGGACGCAAGGGGAUCUGCCGGCGAUACCACCGAAUUUCCCGACUUGCGGUGACCAUUUGCCACCCAUUACGCCACCAUUAUCGCUGAAUGUGUUGGACGCGUUCCAUUGAUACGUGCACGAUGAGCUCAGAAACUGAGAGAUGGAGAGACGCUCCAAAGUCCAUACGAUGCUUGUAGCAUAUUCCUGUAAAGUAGCGAGCCUAUAAUAUCGAUUUUUUUUUUCAAAUAUGCAACCUCGUCGGCCGUUCUCGAGAAUGUGCUCUUGGCUCGAGAACAGCGAUCGAUCGAGUGAGGAAUCCGACGGAUGUCGACCCGCUGCCUCGCGAGAAUGGCUAAGAGCAAAAAAGACGGUGAGGAAAAUCAGAUGUUGAGGAGAUUCGCGAAGCAACGGGUUAACAAAGGCGAUCGACGCUCUACUGGGCGUCGCGAAAAACGACGAACGUUCUCAGAAGUUACGAUGACUUUAAAGUUGAGAGAUUAUGUGUUGACGGCAGUUGAUAAUUUAUUGUGUUCCAGAUGCUUCACCCAUCACUAUUAUUUAUGCUAACCUGCAUGUUAUCCUUGUUAUCUUUUUGCUUGCUACGAAACUUAUUUCUAUUUCCAUUCAUAUUUCGCGAUCAUAAAAUUUGAUUUAAGUAACCAUCUCUUACGUUAAAACAUAUUUAUUUGAAUAUAAAAAGAUUGGAUAUGUAAACUGUAUCCAUAAUAACUAUAAUCCGCAAAUGUGGCGAGUGAAGCAUCUCAGCAGGAACCUUACGAACGUUACUGGCUAACGUUUGUAACGCUCUGUAUAUAAUGUAGAAAUAGUCACUAUACUUAACGAGAUAUUAAUGUGGGAGUAAUGGGGUACGUAGAAUAGGAGGGGCAUCGCCGGGAAGCCGUGAUGACGGUUCGGGUGGAGAAUUAUCAUUAGGAUAAAUGCCCUUCCAACAGGCUGGAUCUGUACGAUC